AUGGUCCGCCUUUAUGUUGAGUACACAGAUGAUAGAAGCAUCGUCGAGCGAGCCAUUCCGCUUCUAAUCAAGGAGCACGAUUUCUGGACCAACAACAGAACUGUCGAAAUUAACAAGAAUGGGACAACUUAUCGUCUAAAUCAAUACAACGUGACCAACACACAACCACGACCUGAAUCGUACCGUGAAGAUUAUGUCACUGCUUCGAAUAGUUCUUACUAUGCAGCGAGUGGCAUCAUUUACCCCGAAGUGCAGCCACUCAAUGAUAGCCAAAAGGCUAUUGUAUAUGCCAAUUUGGCCAGUGGCGCUGAGAGUGGCUGGGAUUAUACCGCGCGCUGGAUUUCGCACCCCGCAGACGCAACAAGAGACGUUUACUUCCCCUUGAGGUCUCUUAAUGUUCUCGGUACAGUACCGGUUGAUCUCAAUGCCAUCCUCUACGCGAACGAAAUGGCUAUAGCUGCACUGCUCAAUUCUUCGAACAACGGCACCGGAGCAGCUAGUUGGACUAAGUUGGCAAGUGAUCGAAGUCAGGCCAUGUAUGAUCUGAUGUGGAACUCGACUCUGCAUAGUUACUUUGAUUACAAUUUGACCUCGGAAGCCCAAAAUAUCUAUAUUCCCAAAGACGACGAUGCCAGCGAGGUCGAAACAGACACUGCCGAUGAAGGUCAACAAGUUUUCUUUUCGGUAGCUCAAUUCUAUCCUUUCUGGACCGGGGCUGUGCCUCCUCAUCUCAAGAGCAACCCUUAUGCCGUCAAGGAAGCUUACGGACGAGUCGCAAAAUAUCUGGAUAUCAAAGCUGGCGGUAUUCCAGCAACAAAUUUGAAAACAGGUCAACAAUGGGAUCAGCCCAACGUCUGGCCACCACUGAUGCAUAUCCUCAUGGAAGGCUUGCGUAACACUCCAGCCACAUUUGGUGAAUCAGACCCUUCUUACCGCGAUGUCCAGAAUCUUGCUCUUCGACUUGGACAGCGGUAUCUGGACUCUACUUUCUGCACUUGGUAUGCGACUGGAGGAUCAACAAGUGAAACCCCCCAACUUGAGGGCCUCAAUGAGCAGGAUGUAGGCAUCAUGUUUGAAAAGUACGCCGACAAUGCGACUAAUGUCGCUGGCGGUGGAGGAGAGUAUGAGGUGGUAGAGGGGUUCGGAUGGACCAAUGGCGUGUUGCUCUGGACAGUUGAUGUUUUCGGCAACAACUUGACAAGACCAAACUGUGGUAACAUCACCGCAGCCAAUGUACACCCCGGCAAGAGAAGCAUGCCGCCACGUGCGGUUGAGCUCGACUUCCAUGACGCUGCUUGGACCAAGAAGUUCGGCAGACGGGCGGUGGCUGCCGCGGCUGCUGCAAAGGCGAACAAGAAGGCUUAG